AUGACCAGUCGCAGUCGAGCUAUAUUAAAUGUUAAUCUCGAUACGGUCAUGGCCAACGAUCCGUUGCGUGAGCUUUUCGAGGCCUGUAAAACAGGUGAAAUAGCCAAAGUAAAGAAGUUGAUAACACCACAAACGGUUAAUGCACGCGACACAGCUGGACGUAAAUCGACGCCAUUGCAUUUUGCAGCGGUUGAGUAUAAAGGACACUGCCUGCUGGACGCGUGCCGCAAAUGCGAUUUGUCGCGCGUCAAGAAACUCGUUUGUGCCGAAAUCGUGAACUUCGUGCAUCCGUACACGGGAGAUACGCCGCUGCAUCUGGCGGCCGUUUGUCAGGAUGCGAAACGCAAGCAGYUGGUGGAGCUGCUCAUACGUAAAGGAUCGCUGCUCAAUGAGAAGAACAAGGCGUUCCUCACGCCGCUGCAUCUGGCCUCCGAGCUGAUGCACUACGAUGCRAUGGAGGCGCUGCUAAAGCAGGGCGCCAAGGUAAACGCCCUGGAUAGCCUUGGCCAGACGGCGCUGCAUCGUUGUGCACGCGACGAGCAGGCGGUGCGUCUGCUUCUCUCCUAUGCGGUGGACACCAACAUUGUGUCGCUGGAGGGUCUGACAGCGGCACAGCUGGCCUCGGAUAGCGUGCUGAAGCUGUUGAAGAAUCCGCCAGACAGCGAGUCCAAUCUGCUCGAGGCAGCCAAGGCUGGCGACUUGGAUGCAGUGCGUCGGAUUGUGCUAAACAAUCCACAUACGGUCAACUGCAGGGAUCUGGAUGGACGGCACUCAACCCCACUGCAUUUUGCCGCUGGCUUUAAUCGGGUGCCAGUCGUGCAAUUCCUGYUGGAGCAUGGCGCKGAGGUCCAUGCGGCAGACAAGGGUGGACUCGUUCCGCUGCACAAUGCCUGCUCGUAUGGCCACUACGAAGUCACCGAGCUGCUCGUCAAGCACGGCGCCAAUGUCAAUGUCUCCGAUUUGUGGAAGUUUACGCCGCUGCACGAGGCAGCCGCCAAGGGGAAGUACGAUAUAUGCAAGCUGCUGCUGAAGCACGGUGCAGAUCCGAUGAAAAAGAAUCGUGAUGGUGCCACACCUGCUGACCUCGUCAAGGACUCGGAUCACGAUGUGGCCGAGCUGCUGCGCGGUCCCUCGGCGCUGCUGGAUGCGGCCAAAAAGGGGAAUUUGGCGCGAGUGCARCGCCUCGUCACAACGGAGACGAUCAAUUGCCGGGAUUUGAAUGGACGCAACUCRACRCCGYUGCAUCUGGCCGCUGGCUACAACAAUUUCGAGUGYGCCGAAUAUCUGCURGAGCAUGGCGCCGAUGUCAAUGCCCAGGACAAGGGCGGACUCAUACCCCUACACAACGCCAGCUCCUAUGGGCACUUGGAUAUUGCUGCGCUGCUCAUCAAGCACAAGACGGUGGUCAACGCCACCGACAAAUGGGGCUUUACGCCGCUGCACGAGGCCGCGCAGAAAGGRCGCACGCAGCUCUGCUCCUUGCUGUUGGCCCAUGGCGCCGAUGCCUAUAUGAAAAACCAGGAGGGACAAACACCUAUCGAGCUGGCCACAGCCGACGAUGUUAAAUGUCUGCUACAGGAUGCCAUGGCCACAUCGCUCAGCCAGCAUGCGCUCAAUGCUUCCACGCAAUCCUUGGCGAGCACCUUACCGGCGCAAGAUGGRGCCGCAGGUGCCAACUCAGCUGCAGCUGUGCCGUGCACUGGAAGUGCAUCGGGAUCAGCAUCCGCCUUGCUCGCACCCACCACGGAGACAGUUCUACUGCCCUCGGGCGCAUCCAUGACGCUCAGUGUGCCAGUGCCGUUGCCUUUGAAUAGCUGUGCGACUCGUCUCAGUCCAGCACAGGGCGCUGAAGCGCAUGGCGCGGAGAGCUCCAGCAGUGAGGAACUCCUGUCCGAUCCGGAGUCGAUAACGAAUGUGUCYAGUUUCUUGAGCAGCCAGCAGCUGCAUCAUCUGAUCGAGCUGUUCGAGCGGGAGCAAAUCACGCUGGAUAUACUGGCCGAAAUGGGUCACGAUGAUCUCAAGCAAGUGGGCGUGUCCGCCUACGGUUUCCGACACAAGAUACUCAAGGGCAUCGCCCAGCUGCGAGCCACAACGGGCAUUGGCAACAAUGUUAAUCUGUGCACGCUGCUGGUGGAUCUGUUGCCGGAUGACAAGGAGUUUGUCGCCGUCGAGGAGGARAUGCAAGCCACCAUACGCGAGCAUCGUGACAAUGGACAAGCUGGCGGCUAUUUCGUGCGCUAUCACAUAGUUAGGGUGCAAAARGUGCAGAAUCGUAAGUUGUGGGAACGCUAUGCGCAUHGACGCCAGGAGAUUGCCGAGGAGAACUUUAUGCAGUCAAACGAGCGUAUGCUCUUCCACGGCAGCCCCUUCAUCAAUGCCAUUGUGCAGCGGGGCUUCGACGAGCGACACGCCUACAUUGGCGGCAUGUUUGGAGCGGGCAUUUAUUUCGCCGAGCAUAGCUCGAAGAGCAAUCAAUAUGUGUAUGGCAUAGGCGGCGGCAUCGGCUGUCCAGCGCACAARGACAAGUCCUGCUAUGUGUGUCCCAGACAACUCCUGCUAUGUCGCGUUGCAUUGGGCAAGUCAUUUUUGCAGUACAGCGCCAUGAAGAUGGCACACGCACCGCCCGGCCAUCAUUCGGUGGUUGGGCGCCCGUCGACAGGCGGCCUACACUUUGCUGAAUACGUUGUCUAUCGUGGCGAACAAUCUUAUCCAGAGUACUUGAUAACCUAUCAAAUUGUGAAGCCCGAUGAUAGCGGUGUGGAGGAAACAAGAUGAUGGAUGCCCUCGGUUGGCUCGACGCCCACAACAACCUUGCCAGCAUUGGCAAUAGCGCAACCGCAGCAACCGCAACAGCCUCAGCCACAGUGAAAGCCACAGCCACAGCCACAGUCGCUUAAAGCUCCAGUUCCAGUUCCAGCUCCAGCUCCAGUUGCCAARCGGCGGCAUAAGCUCGCCCAAAAAUAUCAACAGCCAGUUCCCCGUUUACCGUUGUCCUUGCAGUUGCAGUAUCAUCACUAUCAACCGCAGCAGAUGCACCAGCUGCCGCAACCGCAGGCGGUGGUGACCACCAAGCAGCCGGCACCGGCAGGAGUUUUUAACACGCACAACAACAACAUCAAUCAUAGCUAUAGCAAUAAUAAUGAUAACAACAAUGGCAGCAGCGGCGGUGGUGGCGCCGGCGGCGGGGCUAGUAAUAGUAAUAACAACAACAAUGAUAUGUCACCAACAUCGAAUAGCAAUAGCUACUCCUCGGUUGAUACGAAUCAGACGCUAUUGAACUCCAUUUCCAAUCAACGCAGUGCUGGCACCAGUAAGAGCCACAGCCACAGCCAACAUCGUCCGGCGCCGAGCCAUAACCGAAAAUAUAGUCAAUUCAUGAUCAUCACGCCCGCCGUUUCCAUUGAUCGCGAUUUCGAGAAGGAUUCACAUUUGGAUUUUGAGGACUUCGCCAAUGCGGCGCACAACAACGGCAAUCUGUUCCGUUUGGGUCUGCGGCGCAGCGACAGCAGCAGCGGCGACGACAGCGGCAACAGCAGCGACAACAGCUUUCGCUCCAACUAUAAUCCAUAUGUGCAUCACAGUCGCCAGCCCUUGCUGGCCAAGAAGGGCCAAAACAGUAAUGGAUCGCAUCAGUUCUACGCCUUCCCCAGCUGGCGCUGGUGCACCCUGCUGUGCGCGGCAAUGCGCUGCUUUGGCGCCGGCCCAGGCAGCCAGGCGCCCUACAGCAGCUCCUUCGUACCACACCAUCGCUUGCGUCGCUGCAGCUCUUACAAUGCGGACAUCGCCUACGAUUAUGAGCAUUUUGCGGCGCCGUUUAAGGCGCGUAAGACUCGCGAUCAUAUGAAUAAUAUUACGUAUGAGUUGUGACGUUGGCCGCUGCCAAUAAUCGUUAAUAUGCAUUUUGAUCUCUUUGUCGCCGUUGUAUUUGUUGAUCUAAUCCUAAACUUUCAGCUCCUUAUUAGACUUUAUUACAAAUUAUCAUUAUUAGCUAUGAAUGUCGUGUACUGUGUGUCGUCGUUUAUUCCAGCUACAAUUCCGAUUAUCAAAUGAAAACAACAAGAUCAUGUAAAACGAAAAAAAAGAAGAAAAAAGAGCAGCACAUUUUUUGAGUGAUUUUAAUUCGAACUUACGAGUAAUUAAUAAUACUAUAUACAAAUUACAAUUAUGCGAAAGGAAAGCAUACGAAAACGAAAGUGAAUAUGCAUAAUGAACACGCGUUUACUUAAGUGUUUAAAUUUAGCUAAUUAAUU